AUUUUGCAGAACAGGAGAGUUAACGCAGCGUGAGAGCGAAGAGAACAAAAACGAAUACAGAUAAUUAGAAUGUGAAUUUAAAAAACAUAGGUUAACCCAAAUAAUAGUGAUUGUAAGUUAACAUCUUCCUUUAUACAUGCCCAUUACUCGUUAUUUUAUCACCUUAAGAUAAUGAGGUGGAGUUUGCUGUUGGUGUUGUUGCUACUGGCGACAUGCGCUGCAAGAAAGAAAAAGCAAUUCUUCCCAAAACAUGAAGUUGGAACGAGAAAAAGUCGCCAUCAUUUCAGUAGCAGCAAAAAUAAACAUUUGAGUCAAAUAUUGAACAAAGCUCAAAGUGUCCAGUAUCCUGAAGACAUCGACUCCUUUCGGAAUAAAUUCGAUGAUGAUGGUUUUAAUCGCGCAGAAAUUGAGAGAAGAACACCCCAACGCGAUGAAAUGGUUGAUUCAAAGGAUUCCACUGAAUUUAACUCUUUUUCUGAUGACCAACCUAUUCUGUGGAGUGAUCCGCGCAGUAUUGACAGUAAGAUAACACGUGUGUCAAAUCUCGAUAAAAAAGGCGGCGAUGGAGAAGAAGCGCCUGAUGGAGCUCCAGCUGUUGAUAUGCCAAAUACCGUGCUUCCCAACCCAAAUAUAUAUGGAGGUUUUCCUGAAAACGAUGUGUGGGGGAAUUUCGAACUACCAGCGCCAAACACUAUCGAUCAUUUGAAGCUAGCUUUAAAGAUGAACCACCACCGACCGAACUAUGCAGGUGAUCAAGCUAGUGACAUGAAUGAUCAGUUGUACGGGUAUGAGCACCAUGCCUUACCAGAAUACGAUGUGUUAGAAACACCACCUUUUCAGGAAGUGAUGUGGCAGAAUGCACAACUACAGCAAGCUCUAAAAGGGGCCAAAAAACCCGGUUGUGCCCCAGGAAUGGGGUCCUGUCCGCCUAUUAACAAUCCAGCUAUGUGCCAAAAUCUUCAGCAAGCAUGCGUGGCUAACGCGCAACACCCAAAAGAUCCAAAGGUGGAUUACGAAGCACCAUGUGCCGAUAAAAUAUUAGAAUUAUUUGGGUGCAAAAAGCCUGCAGAACCGAAUCCGAAUCCGAAACCCAAACCAAAACCGAAACCAAAACCGAAACCGAAGCCAAAACCUAUUCCGAUUAAAGAGAAAAAGCCACCUCCAAAAGAAAAGGAUAAAGAAGCUGAUGAAGGAAAAAGGCCUGGGGAACAAUUAACUUCAGAAGAUAGUGGCUCCAAGUUAACUGAAGAAAAAUUAAAGCAAAUACUAGAAAAGGGAAAAAAUGAAAAGGGUAGUGCAGAGAACUCUAAGGGAUCGAGUGAGACCACAGCAGAGGCGUCAAAAUCUCCUGAAGGCGCAGAAUCCAAUGCAGAGAAUAUAGGUGGAACUGAACAAGUUUCAAAGUUAGCAGAACACACUAAAGCCGCUACAGACACCACGCAAAGUGAUGAUUCCACAAGUACCCAACAAUCAGCUGAUGCAAAUGUGUUAGCGCAAGGACAAGCCCGUCAAGCGUUUAAUAAAGGCGCGAAAACUUCUCCUGAACUAGGCAGAGUUGGUUUAAUGAAUGAAGAACAAUCUAUAGCGUUAAUGACUGCUAUUGGGAAUGAUUUGCAAAAAAGCUUGGCUGAAAAGUUUCAAGGUGAUGUUGAUGACGAAAAAACAAGUGCAAGUGUGACUGAACACAAAAAUGAUGACCACUUGACACCUGACAAAACGGGAGGUGAACUUACAAAAUCUGACAAAGAUAAGGAAGUGAUAUCUUCUUUUGCGACUGACACAAACAAACACGAGACUGAAGGUAAGGAAAUUUCCUUAAAAGACAAAUUAGGGUUAAAAAACUUUUACGACAGUACCAAAAUUUCUGACCAAAACGAACGACGGGUUGAAAAAAAUCACGAGACAAAGGAAUACGUUGAAGCAGAUGAAAAAGAAGUUAAGACAUAUUACUAGUAGGAGCGUUUUUUUUGCAUGAUCACCAUGUUGUUAUGUAGUAUGAUCACCACGCAUGUAGAAUGUAUUCACAUUACGGAAACCCUCCACAAAAAUCAUCAAGUUUCCAGUUUCCAUGCUUGUUAGCGUCUACCGCUCUCAAGUUACCAUUGCCACACCUUGUUACAUUGGUAAUUUGUCACGAACAGCAUGAAAUGUCAAUACCUAAUGGAUGUUUUUGUUCGAGUCGUCUACGCCAGAGAACAGACUGACGGGUUUCUCACUUUUUUUGUAUAGUAUUUUUUAAAGUUGAACAUAAACAACGUUAGGUAAAUUUUAUUUUCAUUUCUUUGUGUUUUAUGUUUUCUAUAUGCCAUGUAUAUAAUACCAUCCAUGCCAAAAGCGGAAAGGGUGUUUUUUUCAUGUCUAAGUAUUUCCGAUAUAGAGAUUCCAAAGAAUUGUGAUUCAUUUCCAGAACGUAUCAUGUUAAACGAUUAUAAGGAAAAUAGAAUAAAAAAGGACGGGCGUUAAGAAAAGGAGGGGCAUUGCAUUGCAGUUAGUCUCCAAACGAAGGUUUGUUAUAAAAACACGAAUCCCGUAUUUAUUAUUAUUUAUUUAUUUAUGACAAUAGCACUUCAGCUUAUUAUGACUUUGUGUUUUCCUUUUGUGGGAAUUUAAGGACACUAAAAAUUUUGGAAGUUUUGGCUCCUUCUUAAGUGUUCCUACAAAAUGUCUUAAAAAAUCUCCUAACACGACUCUUGAUUUUCUGGUUAGUUUUCUAUGGAGAGCCGAGCAUGUUCGUUCUAAAUCUUUUACCUGUGUUCUUAUAUCUUUUUUUAUUAUAAAAAAUCGAAUAGCAUUGAUCAAAUCAGCGAUACCAGUAUGCAUUAAUUGUUGAUAAAAAUAAGUAAUUUUGAAAGGGUUACCCCUAUUCAGUCUGGAGGGGGAAGGGGUGGUGUUUUUUUUUAAUAACUAUUUUUUGC